GGGAGACAGAUCACUAGUUAGUUGAAAUGGAGGCUUUCAAGCUUCCGAUCCAACGCACGCAAUCUCUCUCCUCUCUUCCCUCAUCCCUCUUCUCUUCUCUCUUUUUCUCUCUUUCUUUCUCUUUCUAAAAACUCGUCUAAUGGCAGAGAUCUGCUGCGUCAAGGAGAUCCAAGAAGAAGACGUCGAGAAGACCCGACCCGAGUUAGAUCUCCCUGAUCAUGAAGAUCCAACGGUCAGCGACGAAGAUGGGUGCAAGACUCCAACAUCGUCCGAUCACAAGAUUCCGGAGGUGACGUAUACGUUAUGCCCACCGGCUCCGAGAAAACCUAAACCGAACCGGUCUUCUGGUACGAAACGAAAAUUAACGCCGGUUAAUGUUGUUAACCGUAUACCGAUUGAUCUGAGCCGUGAGAUCGAGAUGUUCUUCGAGGAUUUGGACCGUAGGAUCAAGAAGUCACGGAAACAAUAAAGAAC